UGACGCUGGUUCCUGCUGUCUGAGCUGUCAGCCACGUCACCUCCUCUGAAUCAACUUUCCUCUAAGAAACGCUGCACACAACGCUGAGUCCGCGAGCGGAAUAAAUACACAGUUUACCUGUUUGUCCCCACGCGCGCUUUGAUAACGAGCCAACGAGCGGCCUGACAGAGUUGCAGCCUGUUUGUUUUUCUUUCUCUUUUCUUUUUUUUUUGUUAAUCUCGUCUCAUUUUUUUUGUUGACGCGCGCGGAGUUUGUGUCCGAGGCUCAACAACUCUGCCCUGUCUGCUGUGGACGUGUAAAAGGCCCGUGAAGCUGCUGCGUUCAGGUUUUGUUGUUAACGCGGAACAUCAACAACAUGAAUGUCUUUCGUCUCGCGGGUGACGUGUCACAUCUGGCGGCUAUCAUCAUCCUCCUCUUGAAGAUAUGGAGGAGCAGAUCCUGUGCUGGCAUCUCUGGGAAGUCUCAGGUGCUGUUUGCACUCGUCUUCACCACCCGGUACCUUGACCUGUUCACAGCCUUCAUUUCUGCCUACAACACAGUCAUGAAGGUGGUGUUCCUGGCUAUGUCCUACGCCACUGUAUACCUGAUCUACAUGCGCUUCAGGAACUCGUACGACUCGGAGAACGACACCUUCCGCGUGGAGUUCCUGCUGGUGCCGGUCAUCGGACUGUCCUUCCUGGAGAACUACGUCUUCACCCCAAUGGAGGUCCUUUGGACCUUCUCCAUCUUCCUGGAGGCGGUGGCCAUAAUGCCGCAACUCUUCAUGAUCACUAAGACCGGCGAGGCCGAGUCCAUCACCACCCACUACCUGUUCUUCCUGGGCCUCUACCGAGCCCUCUACAUAGCCAACUGGGUGUGGCGUUACCACACGGAGGGCUUCUUUGACCAGAUCGCGGUGGUGUCCGGCGUCGUGCAGACCAUUUUCUACUGCGACUUCUUCUACCUUUACGUCACAAGGGUGCUUCGAGGAAAAGCGAAGAUGAGUUUGCCGAUGCCCAUUUAAAAAGAGACCAUCUGUGCCUGCUACAGCUCAGCAUCUGAACACAGACCUUUCCCUUCAACUGUACAUGUGUUUCGCGAUGGGACUAAUGGUCUGACAUCUUCCUGUAGACCGAAAUGAGUGCACCUCUAGAAAUUGAUUUUCUGUCUGACUGGUAGCUUGUGUGUAUGUGUGUGUGUGUGUGUGUGUGUGUGAGUGUGAGAGAGUCUGUGUGCGAGUGUGUAUUCGCACAUGCUCUGUUGUGCUCAGAAGUUUGUGAUGUUAUGUUUGGAGUUUUUGUUUUGUUUUUUUUUCUUCAUAAAAUGCAAAUGUUACACUUGAUGUGCACAUGGAAUUUAAAUUCAGGCAAGUUAGUAACACUAUGGAAACUGUAUUUGUGCUUACUGUCCCCCCUGUUGAAUCCACAGAGAUGUACCUGAGGUUGCAGCGUUUGUCAGCACCAGUGCAUCCUGUGUUACAGCUGUAAGAGUCCCCAGACUUUCAAAUCAAAGUUUCCUACAUUUUAUCCAAACUCAAUCUUGCCCAGUGAUUUGCAGUAAACACAAAUACUGUAGUAUUUGUAAAUUUCUCAUCUAUAAUCUUUCACAGUGGCUUCCUAUUCUGUAAUGUUAGACCCUCCCUGAAUAGUUUACUGUGCUAUGUGCUAACUUUAUUUUUUCCUCUUUGCCAAAUAUGUUAACUUUUACUAUUUCCUCUUCAUUAUUGUCUUUUUGUAUUUCAGUGUUUCUUUCAUGGGAGAAAAAGGGCUAAUCAAUUUGUUUCCGGGGUCGUCUCCCUGACUGAACUGUUCUGUUGUCACGCAGAAAAAAGAAGUACGAAAAUGUCAGUGGAGGGUCUUGAAUUUGUGUAAAAGCUUUGAUAUACAAAAGGAUUGACACUUGCAAACGUGUUACUGGCAGAAAGUUGAAUUGCACACUGUUUUUAUGACAUUACUUUUAUUAUAACGUGAUUUCUCUCUA